AUGUCUAAACAAAUCACAGCAGGUCUCACACCUACUGCAGGAUUGGGCCAAGCAGCCGCAGUAUUAUCGACAAUGGGCGAUGUACCCCAACCCUCCAGCUUGCUCCAACCCGACUUCAAACGUGAUAACUCCACAUCCACCAAACCCAAGCCUCUGGCCCCAAACACCUUCACCGGCAUGGUCGACACUAGCGACGCCGCCGUCGAACGCCGCUAUAAAGGGACCUUCAACGCGCUCGGAGGCACAGCCUUAUACAAUCGCCGCCUCGAAGCCAACCUCGCGCUCAACAGAGAGAAAAGCGGUGGAUACGCCGAGUGGAACCGCAGGCGUCAGGAUGCUAUUGAUAGGGGCGAGGAUCCGAAUGCGGAUUUGAUUGCCAAAAUGGACGCGAGACGGCCGGAUAGCUAUCUUGAAAGGGCGUGGAGAAAGCUGAGUGGGAAGAAGAAGACGAAGGCGGAAGAGAAAGAGGCCAAGGAGGCCAAGGAAAAGAAGGUGGUGGAGGCGAAGGCCAGGGCUGGGAAUGAAGGAGACUUGGGGACAGUGGAUGUAUAUCAGGGUUUGGCUGGUGGAAGGGAAGAUGAUGGGAUCAUCAGAUAA